AUGAUGAGUGAUGACAAUUAUGAAAGAAGUAUACCCUUAUCACUUGUAUUACCCAAAAGUGAGCACGAAUUAACACGAAUUAGUUCAUCGAUAGAACAAUUGAAUAGAAUAAAAACAGAAUCACCUAUAACAACUGAAAGUGCUGAAAAUAUUUUACAAGUAAUACCACUAAACGAAGUGUUUACCAACAGUGAUGAUCCUGAUAUUAACAUUAAUGAAAAUCAUUGUGUGAAAGUAUCAGCCUAUACACCACCAAUCAAUAGUCAAAUUUCAACAGAAUCUUCCGUGCCUAAAUUGAAGAAUUAUUUUACAAUUAAUUCUCGUUUAUUUUAUGGACUCAUCUUAUUAAUAGGAAUUAUUUAUUCAAUAAUAAUAAUUAGUUUGGCAGUUAUUUUAAGUAGAAAAAUUGCAUCACUCACCAAUGUGUGUCCACAAAUAACUUAUUGUCCAAUGGAUAAUUCUUACAUAGUCAUCUGUGAUAUUUUAAAUGGAACAUGUAAAUGUUAUGAUCCAAAUGAUAAUCUAUUUGGUUGUUUUUCUCAGAGAUACUAUCAGCAAGGUUGUUAUCGAGAACACGAAUGUUCAUCAAAAUAUAAUUUAAUGUGUAAUUUAAAUAUGUAUCAAUGUGAUUGUAUAUCACGAUAUUAUUAUAAUGGAACGAUAUGUCUACCUUUAUCAUCCUAUGGUCAAAAUUGUUCAACUAUCCACAAUUAUUGUGAUUCUAGUUUAAAUCUAACUUGUAUAAAUAAUCAAUGUACAUGCAAUACAAAUAUUACAUUUUGGAAUAAUCAUUUGUGUGAAACAUAUCGAUCAGUUAAUAGUCCAUGUGAUCCAUAUUCAACGAUAACAAGUGGAUGUAAAGCACCUUUAAUAUGUGAUAAUACAACAUAUAGUUGUCAAUGUUCAUCAAGUAGUUCAUCUUAUUUUGAUGGUACAGUAUGUUUAUCUUAUGGUUCUUAUCUUAAACCUUGUUAUAAUUCAUCGUUUUGUUUACCAUCAACUCUUCUACAAUGUGUAUAUGGUGUGUGUCAAUGUGAUGAUUACUCGUAUUGGAGCGGUAAUUAUUGUUUAAGUCCAAAAAUUGUUCAAUUGAAUGUAUCAUGUACAGAUCAAUCAGCUUGUGAAUAUGAUUAUGGUUUAAAAUGUGUAAAUAAUAUUUGUUCGUGUGAAUUAAACUCAUAUUGGACAUCGGGAAAUUAUUGUGAUACUCAAGCAACUUUCGGAGAACGUUGUCAAAAUAAAAAUUGCACUACAUGUUCACAAUGUGUUAGUUAUACAAAUCUCUAUUGUUCGAAUUCAACAAAUGUAUGUACAUGUCCACAAAAUUAUUUUUGGGACGGAUUUGUCUGUCAACAACAACGUCUAUUUCAAUCCUUUUGUGGUGUUGAUGAUACAUGGUGUCGUAAUGAUUUAGGUUUGAAAUGUCUCAAUUAUCUAUGCUCAUGUGCAGUAUGUUCGACAUGUUUUUGGGAUGGUAUUCGAUGUCGUGAUUGUCCGACAUCAUGGCAGAUAGUUAAUGCUACCAAUGCCACUCGAUCUAGAGUCUACUGUUAUAAUAGAGUCAAUAGUUAUCUUGAUUGGACUCACUCAUCAUUGGCUUGUUUGAAUGUAACAUCGUUUUUUGGUCCUACUAGUCAUUUAGUUUAUAUCGAUGAUAAUCAAGAAUUAAGCAAUGUGGCAACAUUUGCCACAUCAUCGUAUUAUGAUAUAUUUAUUGGUCAUAAAUAUAGUUCUAAUACUUCACAAUGGUUUUUGGGCAAUGGAACAGUGUCACCCACAAUGCAGUUCUGCGCAUCCGUUCCUACGUCAUUUACUACUGAUCAAUGUGCACGUAUAUUAAUUGGUUCUACAUGUAUUACAAAUAUUAUGUGUUCGACUUGGACAUCAAGAUUUGUUUGUGAAUUAGACUAA